AAGAUGGCAGUACGAUUGAGGCUGUCGAGAUUUGGAUGUAGGAACAAGCCAUUCUACAGAUUGAUGGCUGCAGAUAGCCGAUCUCCUAGAGACGGCAAACAUUUGGAAGUGUUGGGCUACUACAACCCCCUUCCUGGUCAGGAUGGCGGCAAACGAAUGGGAGUUAACUUUGACAGGGUGAAGUACUGGCUUUCCGUUGGCGCACAGCCCUCUGAUCCUGUUCAGCGCCUUCUAUUUCGAGCAGGCUUAUUACCCCCACCUCCCAUGCUAGCAAUGGGACGGAAAGGAGGCGCACGAGACAUGCGCCCAGUUGAUCCACUGAGUGGGCGUUUUAUGACAGAGGCGAUGCAAGUAAAGCAGAAAGUUGAUGAUGGUGAGAGUGAGAGUUGUUGACAUUUCAGGCUUAAGAUAUAAGUUGGUGCAUUGUUGACCUUUUUUGUCAUGUAUGCCUUCCCUGAACAUGGACUAGAGGGAUAUCCAGAAAAAAUGGUUUGUAUCAACCUUUCUUAUGCUUAGUAGAUCAUUAUCAGCUUUUUCCUA